GAUCACAGCUGCACAACGAGCGCUGGCGGCGGCAGCUACAGCAGAGACCUGGGCUGUGCUCGUCCCCCUUCUCCUCCUUUUUUUUUUUUUUUUUUUUUUUCCUUCCUCCUCCUUCCCCUCCUUCCUCCCCCUUUUCCCUCCCCUUCGCCUGCGCUGCCAGAGCCACCGAAACUCCCGUGCAGAGCCCCGCCGCCGCCGGUAGCCCGUGCGCUGCCCCGGCGCUCGCUCGGGCUGGAAAGUUGCGGCAGGCUCCGGGCUCGGCUGCCGCGGGGAGGGGGCUCCGGACUUACAAAACCCGGCCGGGGGCACGGGCUGGGCGUUCGCACCGACCUUCUUCUUCCUGCACAGAGCCGAAGGCAGCAUCUUUGUUUUGUUUUGCUUUUGCCCUUCCUGCUACCGCUCCUUUCUCCUUGCGGCCGGGCGCCUCGGAGCCGGGAGCUGGCGCAGCCCGCGGUGCGGGGCGAUCGCUGACACCGACAGCCAGGAGCCAGCCAGGCGGCCCCGGGGGCCGGCUCGUCCUUGGCUUUGUUGCUCCGGACUGAAGAAGCCCCAGAAGCCCGGAGAAGGAGGCGGCGAAGGAGGGGGAGCAGAGGAAAGCAAGCGAGAGCUGAAAGCCAAAGUUGGUUUGGAAUAGGAGAGCGCGGCCAGCCCUCGGCCAGACUGCGCGCUGGGGUGAAGUCUCCAGCCCCCUCCGCCGGGAGAGGUGCCCGCAAGACAGCGAUGGCCGGAGAGCUCAGCAUCGGAGCCGAGCUGCCCACUAGCCCGCUGGCCAUGGAGUACGUGAACGACUUCGACUUGAUGAAGUUCGACGUGAAGAAGGAGCCCCUGGGCAGGAGCGACCGCUCGGGCAGGCACUGCACCCGCCUGCAGCCGGCCGGCUCCGUCUCGUCCACCCCCAUCAGCACCCCCUGCAGCUCCGUGCCCUCCUCGCCCAGCUUCAGCCCCACUGAGCAGAAGACCCACUUGGAGGACCUGUACUGGAUGGCCAACAGCUACCAGCAGAUGAACCCCGAGGCGCUGAACCUCACCCCAGAGGACGCUGUCGAAGCCCUCAUUGGGUCCCACCAGGUGUCCCAGCAGCUGCAGGGCUUCGAGGGCUUCCGGGCCCACCACCACCAUCAUCAUCACCAUCACCAACACCACCACCAGUACCCCGCAGUCACUCACGAAGACCUGGCCGGCAGCGGGCACCCUCACCAUCACCACCAUCAUCACCACCAGGCCUCUCCCACUCCCUCCACCUCCUCCAGCUCCUCCCAGCAGCUCCAGAACUCGCACCAGCAGCAUCCCCCCUCCAGCAGCGUGGAGGACCGGUUCUCAGAUGACCAGCUGGUCUCCAUGUCUGUGAGGGAGCUCAACAGGCACCUCCGAGGCUUCACCAAAGAUGAGGUGAUCCGCCUCAAGCAGAAGAGGAGGACCUUGAAGAACAGGGGCUAUGCCCAGUCCUGCAGGUACAAACGUGUCCAGCAGAAACACCACCUGGAGAACGAAAAGACGCAGCUCAUUCAGCAGGUGGAACAGCUCAAGCAAGAAGUGACCCGGCUCGCCAGAGAGAGAGACGCCUACAAGCUCAAGUGUGAGAAACUUGCCAGCAACGGCUUCAGAGAGGCCGGCUCCACCAGUGACAACCCGUCUUCCCCUGAGUUCUUCAUCAUCCAGUCUUCUAGAGUAGCUGUGGGAAAAGUAGGCUGGGGGUGGGGAUGGGAGAGGUAAAGUGCAACUUUUUGACUUUCGUGUGCAAGUUAGAGAGAGAGACAGAGGCAAAGGAGAAAAGGACAAGUGAAGCGUUUUAUAGAUCGCUUGCUUGCAGAGCGAGAUGGACUUUAAAAGAAUAAUAAUAAAAAAGGACAAUGAACAAGCCAUCUAUAACAUACUGCCUGCUUGGAAAGAGAGAGGACAUAUACAGCACCAUCUCAUGCACAAUUUACCUGCUUGGAAAAAGAGAAUAAAUAAAAAGGACAAUAUAUGCAAACUCUUCAUAUAUUGCCUGCUUUGAGAAAUAAGUUACAGGACUCAGAUGGGACAUUCAAUCUAAGAAAAGAAAGAAUGAAAGAAAGAAAAAAAAACUCAUCAGUUUUAUUGCCUGCUUGAUUAUAUAGAAAAAUACGAAAAUCUGCAUUAAAAAUAUUAAUCCUGCAUGCUGGACAUGUAUGGUAAUAAUUUCUAUUUUGUACCAUUUUCUUGUUUAACUAUAGCAUGUUGAUCAUCGAUCAUAGAUCUCUGUUGUUGUUUUGUUUCAUCAAUAAGAAAAGCAUCACAAGUUAUCGAACUUUUUACUGCUUGUGCAGUUUUGUUCGUUGGUUUUGCUCUUGUUUUCUUUUAUGGUUGUUAGCUUGUAAAUAUCUGCUACUUCAAACCGUACAGGAGAAAAUACACAAAAAACAAGAUAACAUUUCAGCAGGCUGGUUAUACGGUUUGUUUGGUGUUAAAGAGAUACUUAAAGAAAAAAAAAGUUAUGGGCAUUUUGCAUUAGAAAAAAAACCAACUUUGUAUAUCUGGUGCACUUUUAAGUUGUAUUUUUUUUUGUUAGUUUUCAUUUUGGUUUUUGUUUGUUGGGGCAGAAGCAAAAACGCCUGAAUGGCAUUGACAAACCUAAACUUAACAGGGAAAAACCCUCCUCGGUCACUAGAACCUACUCCAUGCCUUAAAGUGGCAGCGAAGCUCUUUCCUCCAGGACAAUUCCCAGCCUGAGCGGUUAGGCUUGGCCGGAUAAUUUCCCUUCUGAUUGUACACUCAGGAAGAGAAGGACGGACGAGAUACCAGUUCCAUUAAAAACAAAACAAAACAACUGCCCCUAGAUUUUCGGUAAAUAAAGAGAGAAAAUAACCCCAAACCCUCCUCGUUAUGAGUCAAGUUGUGAUAGCAGCGAGGGCUCCGUGUCGCCACUGAAGUUGGGUUUCUCAAUGGCAGCAGCUGAUGAGUGGGCUGGGAAAGCAUUUAAAUCUAAAACUCUUUUUUAAGAAGUCAUACUGCAACUUUUAAGUGUAUUCUUUUGCAAUGAUUUGUAAUCUGCUUCUCUGCUUCCCUAUGCAGCGAGUGAAAGUUUUAGCCAAAAUUUAUUUGCAGUUGUAUAGUAGUAGUAGUUUGGAGUCUUAUGGGUGUUUUUAUUACUUUUUUUUUCCUCCUGCAGGUCAGUAAAAGGAUUUACGUUGCACUGACAAAAAUACCAAAAUGAAAACUUAUUUUUUAGUUUCCUUUUAGGAUAGCUGGCACUGCUGGCCGGAUGCAUUUUAAGUUUGUAUUAGUUUAUAAAUUAACAGUAAUAACAAGAUUGUAAUGAACAGCAUGGUGCUUGCAGUUUUAAAUAUUGUGGAUAUUAGUCAUGCAUCAGAAAACGAUCUUUGGUUUUUACUGAUUCAACUGUGUUGAAAUCAAAACAUUGCAGCAGCGGAAAAAAAUUGUUUUUAUUUCAUGUAAAGUUCUGAAGGGAUCAAUUUCAAAUCCUGCUUAUGAUAUGAAAAAAAUAUUAAAAAACCUGGUCUAUUGUAGUUUUAUUCAGACUGGUUUCUGUUUUUGGUUAUUAAAAUUGUUUCCUAUUUUGCUUAUUAAAAUCAUUGAAAUGGCA